CACGGUGAAAACAGGUUAUAUUAUUGGUGGAACCACAACACACCUCCGCCAGCAAACGGCGAAUUUUAACUGAAUUUGUCUGGUCAACAACACGCGCAACGCGCAGACACCGUUCUCUAACCUACAAAUUAAAUCCUAAAUAACAAAUAUUACAGACCAAAACAACAAACACAUAAAGGGAACAAAUAAGUAAUUAAUUAAAGUGAUAACACCACAUAAUAGAAUUAAUUAUUUUUAUUUAAAUCAUUAUUUAAAAUUUGAAAAUUCUGACAGGUGACAGGCACUUGAAAUGCUGCGACUUUGGCCCCUUUUGGCCCUCUUCGGCGCCCCCUUGUCCCUCUGCCAGUCCAGCUUUGAGGACGAAGCCGACUCGGGGGGCUACACCAUCGAAGGCCGCAUUUUCCCUCUGUCGGACUACCAGACGAGCCAAGCACACUGGCAAGCCAACACUCGAAUCCACGUGAACGGGGGCGAAUUAAUCGGAUUUGUGAAGAAGGACGGCUCCUUUGUCGUCCAUAAUGUCCCCUCGGGUUCGUAUGUGGUAGAGGUGCUCAACCCCGAGUACACUUUUGAGCCGGUGCGAGUCGAGAUCAACUCCAAGGGGAAGUACCGGGCCCGGAAAGUGAACUACAUUCAGCCCACGCAGAUUAUACAAGUGCCUUACCCGCUGAAAAUGAAGGCUUUGGCGAAAACGCGGUAUUUCCAAAUGAGAGAGCAGUGGAGGAUCACUGAUUUCAUUUUCAAUCCCAUGGUCUUGAUGAUGGUCCUGCCCCUGGUGCUAGUGAUGCUCCUACCGAAGAUGAUGAACGACCCUGAGACGAAGAAGGAAAUCGAUCAGAUUCAGAGUUUGACGAAUUUCGAAAUGGGCGAUGUUACUGAUAAGUUGUCGAACUUUUUAGCGGGCCCCAGCACCGCCCAGCAGAAUAAAAAGUCGCAAAAAAGUAAGAAGAGGCAGUAGGGUGGUAUUGUUGUUGUGUAUAGUUCGUUUUUUAUUAAAAAUAAAAGUAUUACAAAGCUUAAA